UCCAGACUGAUUCAAGAAAAAGAAUCUUGCUUGGAAACCUUCCAUUUUGGCAGUCGUAAAUUUGUAUUUCUUUAAGGAAAAGAAAAAUCCCACAUCAAUAAAAUAUUCAAAGCACAAUAAAGUUUCUCAUUCUUGCAGCUGACAAGUAUUCAAUUCAAUCAUCAACCCAUUUGCAUUACCGUUUCGUGCAAAGAGAAUUCGAACUCUAAAGUUCUCAUAAAUUUAUUCCUUUUCAUAAAUUAAUUGCAAAUCUUGUAAGUUUUGAUCUUGAUUCUUGAGGAUCUGUACCCGAAAUGGAGAAUAGGAGAUUUGAAUUUCUGUACAUUUCUUGAUUGAUCUGGGUUAUUUAGUUUUUAGCCUUAAUUUUUUGUUUUGAAGGAGUUGUUGUUUAUUGAACAACAAAAGGGGUGGAUUUUUUAAGUCUAAUGUGAUGCUGCAAUUGAAUUGACUUGUGGGUUUACAAGAAAUUUGGAUUAUCUAUUAUUGUAAGAUUGUUAAUGGCCGUGGAAGAAUUGGUCGAGCUCAAAUUCAGGCUUGCUGAUGGCAGUGAUAUUGGACCAAUCAAAUACAGUUCCAGUACAACUGUGGGAUUUCUCAAAGAAAAGAUAAUCGCACAAUGGCCCAAAGACAAAGAAAAUGGACCAAAAUCCAUAAAUGAUUUAAAGCUUAUUAAUGCCGGAAAGAUACUCGAAAACAACAGAACACUUAUGGAAUCACGAUUGCCACUCACUGAAGUUCCUGGAGGUGUCAUCACUAUGCAUGUUGUUGUGCGUCCUCUUCAUCUGGACAAAAAUACUGAUAAACAGGACGAUGAUACCAUGAAAAAAGGCGGAUGUUCGUGCUCUAUCUUGUGAGUGACCUGACAAAUCUGUGCUUCCCAAGUUGUUUGCAUUAGAGGUAGCUGGAUUGCAUGUAGGAGUAUUGCACCUGUUAAUAGAUUCAAAGAAGCUGAGACGCCAAGUUUACCUGUUCCGUUUCCAUUGUUAUGCCGGUUCAGUGCUUUCCCAUUGUUUAUGCCUAAUUGUAGAGUGUAAUGCAGUUGCUUUUUGAGUUCUUAUUAUGCAUUGGUUUCAUAGGAAGUCGAUAUGCAGAUGAGCAUUUGCAGAACUCAAUACGUAAAGGAGCAAAAGCAAAGUGUAUUGCUUCACAAUUGGGUUGUAUCGUAUUGUAUUGUUUCUAAUGGAUUUCUUGAAAAUAGAUGAUACAGAACUUGUUACAUGGUAUAUUUGAUUUGUAACUUGUUUU